GACCACGGUUUUCUUCGAAAGCGCUUUUCACACUAGCACCCGUUUUAAUUCAAACACGAUUUUGACUCUUCGUCCUCUGCCAGUCGAGAACUCCAUUCCAACAACAAGACUCAGUUCACUCGAUUUUCCAAGCCUGGAACAGAGCGUUUCGAUUUGCGUUUCGAUUUAGCAAAUCAGUAUGGAUUUUAGCAGUAUGGAUCGGAGGCAGCUGACGCUGGCGGGUUCAGGAUUUUCGGCGAUGAUAACGAUGCACUUCACGUUUCAGUUGGUAUCGCAACACUUGUUUUACUGGAAGAAUCCGAAGGAACAAAAAGCUAUAAUUAUUAUCAUACUGAUGGCUCCAGUUUAUGCGGCUAAUUCGUUUGUAGGAUUAUUGGAUCUCAAAGGCAGCAAACCCUUCUUUAUGCUUCUAGACGCUGUUAAAGAAUGCUACGAGGCUUUAGCUAUUGCGAAGUUUUUGGCAUUGAUGUAUAGUUAUUUGAAGAUUUCUAUGAGCAAAAACAUUGUACCUGAUGAGGUCAAGGGGAGGGAAAUUCACCAUUCAUUUCCAAUGAAUCUUUUCCUGCCCCGAAAAGUUUGCUUAAAUCAGCAAACAUUGAAGCUUCUCAAGUACUGGACAUGGCAGUUUGUCAUCAUCCGGCCCGUGUGUUCUGUAGUGAUGAUAACAUUGCAAAUCCUUGGGUUUUAUCCCAGUUGGCUUAGCUGGACAUUCACCAUUGUUCUCAAUCUAUCAUUUUGCUUGGCUAUGUAUGCUUUGGUACUUUUCUACCAUGCUUUUGCAAAAGAAUUGGAACCUCAUAAGCCGCUGGCGAAGUUCAUCUGCAUCAAAGGAAUUGUUUUCUUUACCUUCUGGCAGGGAAUAGUGCUCGACAUCCUUGUUUCAAUGGGCGUAAUUCGAUCUCAGCACUUCUGGUUGGACACGGAGCACCUAGAGGAAGCAAUCCAGAAUGUGCUAGUGUCUGUCGAGAUGGUUAUUUUCUCGGUACUCCAGCAAUAUGCAUACCAUGUUGCACCUUACAGUGGAAACUUAGAAGCCAAACUGCAGCUUAAAAAAGAUCGGUGAUAUUCGGGUAAAAAAUAAAUAAAUAAUGGUCUUUCUGUGCUCCAAGCACAUUUUUGGCCUGUAGUUUUGUGUAGUGUUUGCUGUACACAAUGAAUGUUAUAUUUUUCAGGACAAUAAAGUUUAGUUGCUGUAUAACUCUAUGCAAUAGAAUUCUUUG